CCACUCUGCGCAUCACGUUUGUUUGCUAAAUAUUUAUCUCUGUGUACACAUGGAGGCCCCUUUAUUUGUACCUUUUAUGUGAAGUCACGAUCAUCCCAUCAGACGGGAGGAAAACUGAUUUGUCGCUACAUUUCCAGGCGAAAAGGCCUAACCUGGACGACAGCAAGGCUUUUAGAGUAAACUAAGGCCUGCUGUCAAUCCUCUUAUAUUGUGCCUCACUGAAAAUGGAUUAGUGAGUAACACUGGCCCGGGUCACUUUGGAGGGAUUUGACUGAAUGGGCCUGUAGCUGGCACUGACCUCCUAUACUAACACACUAAAUAAUUUCCCCUUUUUAAAAAGUAGUGUUUGGAGGAGGAAGAGUGCUCAUUUUGGGGGGGGGCAGUUUUUUGUUUUGUUUUGUUUUUAACUCGAUCUGGAGUACAUCUAUUUUUCUUUUCAUAUAUUCACACUUAAAAAAAAAAAAAAAGGACCCUUGAGGAAGAACCAAGUGCGUUUAACUCCUUUUAGCGAUAUGUUGCCUGUGAACAGAGCUGUUUGUGGAAACGCGCAGGAGCCUUCAGAGACUCCGGCUGCAGGACCUAAGUAGCUCUCCAGGGUGCUAAAGUUGUCUCCACACCCCUCCAGGCGCAGCGCUUGAGCCUUUCGUGACUCUUUCAGCCCGUAAUCCCGGCACGAUGACCGGGCUGUGUCUUCAACAGAGCGACACAGGGGCGAACAGGUAAGAUUUCGGGAAUGGUUAGUUGACGAUCUGCGUGGAGACAGAAGGAAAAAAAUCAAACAAGAGAGUACCUGUAAGAUUGUCUUAUUGGACCCUGGAGCUGUCCUGAUGGCAUUAAAGACAUGGUGUCAGUGGUCUAAUUGAUAACUGAUAGUGAACACAAAGCUUCACUAUCUUGGCCACCCUGGGAGGACAAUGCAACAUAUUGCUCCACAUUUCAGAGGGGCGCUAUGGGAGUCCAGCCAUGCGUGUGUGCCCAUAAUUAAAAACAGACACACUUUACCGACUCUGCCCUUUUAUAACUUUCUAUUAUGGGUCCUGCUGGGAGUGCUGACGUUCCCUUGUUGUGUCCGCUGUUUGAUAUUCAAAGUGGGGGUCCUGGGGCCUUGGAACUGCGACCCUGUUUUUUACAAGGCCCUGCCUGUUACAGCGGCCAGACUGGCCGUGAGCAGGAUAAACGGGGACGCCGAUCUAGAUCUGGGCCUGAAAAUGGACUUCAUCAUCCUCCAAGAACCUUGCGAAACCUCCAAAGCGCUAACGGCGUUUAUUUACUACGAGCAUGUGGCGGACGCGCUCAUUGGCCCCACCAACCCGGGAUACUGUACUGCAGCUUCUCUGCUCGCCAGAAACUGGAACAAGGCUCUCUUCUCCUACGGCUGUGUUGCCUAUGAGCUCGAGAGCGCCGCAGGAUACCCAACUUUUGCGAGGACAGUGCCGUUUCCCGCUGACGUGUUGUUCGUAGUGUUCAAACACUUCAGGUGGGCCAACGUCCUGGUGGUCUCAUCCAAUGAAGAUAUUUGGAUCGACACAGCUGUGAGGGUUGCCUCUGCUCUCAGGAGCAAGGGGAUUCCCGCUGGCCUUGUCGGACCUAUGGGUAUGAAUGAGACAGAGUUGGAGAGCACGCUGAGGAAGAUCCAGGACGCAGGAGGUGUCAGGGUCAUCAUUAUGUGCAUGCACUCUGUCUUGGUUGGAGGUGAGCAGCAGGCUAUUUUUCUCCUCAAGGCACAGAAGAUGGGUCUGACUUCAGGGAAGUAUGUGUUUGUGCCCUACGACACUCUGCUCUACAGCGUGCCCUACACCAACGUCUCCUACUCCCCUCUGCAAAACAGCAGCAGCCUGAGAGAGGCCUAUGAUGCUGUGCUUACUAUCACUGUGGCCUCUGAGCCUCUGUCCUUCAACGAGGCGUUUGCUGCAGCCAGGAGGAGCGAGGAAGUGACGCUGCCAGUGGAGGCAGAGGAGGUUAACCCACUGUUUGGGACCAUCUAUAACAGCAUCUACCUGCUGGCCAAAUCCAUCCACAAUGCCAGGAAAGCAGGCAUGAUGCUGUCAGGCUCGAACCUGGCCUACUUCACAAGGAACAUAACCUUUAAUGGCUUCAACCAGGAGGUCAAGGUGGACACUUCUGGAACUGUUAAGACCAGUUACAUCAUCCUGGACACUAACAACAGGGGGAGUCAGCUGUACCAGACCUAUCUGGUGGACCUAACAUCAGGGGUGCUGCGUUUUGCAGGGAGGUCCAUUCAUUUCCCUGGAGGAUCCCCUCCUCCAUCUGAUUCCAGCUGCUGGUUUGACGAGGGCACCAUCUGUACGGGAGGUGUGGAGAUCACCUACAUCAUGAUUGCGUUAGCUGUCAUGCUCUUCCUGGCUGUAGGAGGCCUCACUAUAAGUCUUUAUAUCAGGCGGCGACUUCAUCAAAUCCAGCUGGUCAAAGGUCCCAAUCGGAUCCUCCUGACCUUAGAGGAUCUCACUUUUAUCAACCCUCAGCUUAGCAAAAAGAAAAUCACUUUAGAAGAUCUGACUGACUCCAAGAGCACUCUGGAGGAGAAAUCUGCAGACCCCUCACACUCUGUGAAUAGCAUGCAAACAGAAACUCAUGAAACCACUAAUGUAGCUGUAUACGAGGGUGACUGGGUUUGGCUGAAGAAAUUCGAGGAGGGCCACUUCAAGGAAGUAAAACAAAACACUAUCAGGAUGUUCAUGAAGAUGAAGGACCUGAGAAAUGAGAAUGUAAAUCCCUUCCUGGGCUUCUUUUCGGACUGCCCCAUGUUUGCGGUGGUGACGGAGCACUGCUCGAGGGGCAGCCUGCAGGACCUGCUGAGGAACGAGGACGUUAAACUGGACUGGAUGUUCAAGUCCUCCCUUGUGCUCGAUCUCAUCAAGGGUAUGAAAUAUCUUCACCACAGGGACUUCCCCCACGGCAGGCUAAAAUCUCGAAAUUGUGUGGUAGACGGCCGUUUUGUCCUCAAGAUUACAGACUAUGGCUUCAAUGAGCUGCUGGAGUCUCAGAAAGCUCCUUUAGAAGAGCCGACACCUGAAGAUCUAUUUUGGACACCACCAGAGAUCCUACGGGACCUUACGAUUUCUCGCAAAGGGACAUUUAAGGGAGACGUGUACAGUUUUUCUAUCAUCCUUCAGGAGGUGGUGGUGAGAGGGCCACCCUACUGUAUGCUGGGCCUCCUACCUGAGGAGAUCAUCCGUAAGGUGAAAAAGCCUCCUCCGAUGUGCCGUCCUACUGUGGCCCCAGACCAGGCUCCACUUGAAUGCAUCCAGCUGAUGAAGCAGUGUUGGAGCGAGCAGCCUGACCGCAGACCAAACUUUGAUGAGAUCUUUGACCGGUUCAAGCUAAUCAACAAGGGUAAGAAGACCAAUAUCAUUGACUCCAUGCUGAGGAUGCUGGAGCAGUACAGCUCCAACCUAGAGGAUCUCAUCAGAGAGAGAACAGAGGAGCUGGAGGUAGAAAAGCAGAGAAACAUGGAGACAAAGAGCUGGGAGGGGCAUGCAGAGGACAGAGAGCACCACCCAGCUUCUCACUGUGGCUUAAUGCAGACUUCUUUAAGAGGAUUGUCCAUCGACUGGCUAAUCUGCCUGCAGCCAGCACAGCAGAACACGAUGGUGCUAAUGUAGUGAGAGUCUUCUGCCUACGUACUUGCUGCCAGAAUCACAGGGAAGGUGCACCUCUUCUUAAUGAAGGAUGCACUCGUUCACUCCUCUCUGCACUCACUGGCCACUGCGUGGUCACCUAUUUCAGGGCAAUCAGAAGCUCACUCGUUUGAAGGUUUGAGUGCCCCAAACGCCUAUUUCAAAAUGAAAUGUUAUUUGUUUUUUCCUGGUGAUAUCUGUUUUUAGUUUCUUAUAAAAGCUCACGAUAGAGUUGCUGAGACUGUUACUUAGCUGUGGCUGAAUACUAAAAGUCAUUAGCCAUCCAAAGUUGGAGGCAAAAGCUGCUAUUGUAUGAAAAUAUCAAAAACAGAAGAAUGACAGGUUGGCCACUUUUGUUUCUACUGUCUUGAAGCAGGAGAUAAAGUACAUUUCUACUUUUUUUUCCGUGAAGUACUUAACAAGUAUAAGUUAUGAAAAUUACAUUUUACUUUCUGUUGUGGUGAGGGAAAUGUCCAGUUCCUUUAGUGAAAUGUGUCUUUAAGGCUAAAAUGUUCAAAAUUUUUCUUUACUGUUUUGUUAUGAGAACACACGUGUGUGUCUACAGUAACUACACACGCUAGUCAUAUUAUUUAUCAACCAUAACUCCAACUUAACUGCCACAUUUGAAGUGUCACGUGGUUUCCCUAAGAGGUAACGUCCCCGUGUAUUAGAAUUCUAACUAUGGCUCAUUUUACAUCUCUAGGUAUUAUAGCACACAUACACACACAUAUAUAUUUAAACUGGUGUUCCUAAUCACAUUAAUGAAGGCCCUGUUCUAUCUGUAAGUACAGAGCCUUUAUUAAUGUGUUUACCUGCCACUUAAUGAGAAAGUGGCUGUUGUGAAAAAGAUCUAUUUAUCCAUAUGUAUUGGUUUUUGUGACAGAAGUAGGGAGCACCAGCUGAACAGCACCACCUUCUGUUCAAAUUAAAGCAGGACGUAAGUAAAUACAUAAGUAAAGCCACAAAGCCUGUACAACAAUUAAAACAUCAAGCAGUCACAAAAUUUUAGUGAAUGAAUGGUGAUUGGAUUUAUUUGGCUUAUUAUUGACUUGUUUUAAUAAAACGUAAUGACAGUGCAAGAAAUGUCCAUGUGCACUGUAGUCCAGCAAUUCUGGAUUACAAAAAUAUAUAAAGGAAUACCUGUGAAACCAAGUAAAAAAGGAAGUUAGUUAGUUUUGAAGAACAUAGAAGGUAGAAACAUAUGUUUUUAAUUCAUGUUAAUGCAUGUUUUUGCCCUCAGCCCUAAAUAUGAAGUGAUUUUAUAUUUAACUGUUGAACAAUGAAACACGUUUUAGCCGAUUAUUUAUUUUGGAAACUCUCCCACUGGUCAUAUUAAUGUUGAGGAUAGAAGAAACAUCAUUCAUGCUUACAAAACAGCAGCUAAGUCGGUCAGCAGUGUGUAUAUUGUGUAACUCACAUGUUGUUAUUCGUCUUGUAAAUUAUAACUGCAAUGCAAACUGUAAGAUCUAUGUAAAUAUAAAGUAACUAAACCGUUCGUUUGUAACACCUUAAAA